CAGCCGUUCCUAUUCCCAUUGCACAAGGCCAAGCACAUUGUCGUCGGUGGCGUCACCCUCUGCCUAAGGUCGGGGUGCAACUGCGAGCGGCAGGUAAACGUCACCGUCCACCAUGAGUGUCUUGCCAUCUUCCUGCUCAAAUGCACUCUGGAGCGAGGCGAUGCCCUCGCCCGCCUCUUCACUGUCGGCGCGGCCAGGAGCCCGUGGCCCAUGGCCCAUCCCCUGCGCCUUGCCGGCGCCUCUCCCGUGACCCCGGCCGCCCUAGACACGAUGGCCUCGAUCUGGAACCUCGGGGAGCUCACUCGCCUGCCUCUUGAGCUGGUCGAGAUGAUCCAGCGGCACUGCCCGCACCUGCUGUUCUGGAGGGCCGUCUCGACGCUAGCCUUGGCCGCCCACCUGUCGGACACACCGGCAGAGCCCGCCACCAGCAUGCCCGUAUCGAGUAUUGCCAGCUGGGAGAGGCGGGGCGCGCUUCGGCUGUGUCGCCCGGACGAUGUCAUCAUAGAUCCGGCCGGCUCCUCCGAGGCCGUCUCCCCCCUGAUCCUCUCGCAGGCCGUGAUCCGGUUUACCAUCGACGCGAAGGGCAUUUGCAAGCUGGAGCGGCUCCCCGAGCGUCCGUCGUGCAGCCGGGAGAGGAGGACCAACCGUUUUGCCUUCAUCGUCGAAGAGGUGUCUGCGUUGGAGGGGUUCACGGCGUGUUUCACAGACGGCCUCCUCCAGCUUCAGCCGCCGCCAAACGCUCCGGGUCUCCGCAUCUGGGACACACCAUCGCCUCCGAGCCUGAGCCAGUGCACCAUAUUUAUCGACAGGAAGCGACCGUGGCUGCACUUUCACACCAUCGAGCUCGACUCGGUCACAGGCAUUACCUUUUUCCACGCCAAGGGUCUCCUCGUCGGAAUCCACGCCCACCGACCGGGCGAUGCCUGUGCCGCGACCUCCUUCGAGCGCAUCAAACCGUGGCACAAGCCCAACGCGGCCUGGAUUUACUUGCCCGUGUCUACUACAGACCAGAUCGAGAUCAUAGGCGUCCGCCCCGUCACCCUUGGGGUGAACAUUCUUGUUCGCAAACACCUCACAGGAGACGUCAUCCUCGGCCCAGGGAGCCGCCGCCUAGCCGCGGACAGCUGGCGCCGGAAGAACCCGACAACACUGGUCUACGGCGAACCCCCCGAGGGCAGCGCCGUCCCAUACCUCGGGACCUACUGCCGCCCUUUGGCGGCGGGGAGCUCCCCCUCACAGUUCGCCGAAAUCGGACCUCUCAACGAUCUGCUCGUGAGGGGCGUCAACUACGUCAGCUCCGCGUCCCUCAAUAAGGUGGUGGCGACCCAGGUGUUCUACACCGAGGCCCAGGACAUGCCCGAGGGGAUCCUGCUGCACUACGACAAUGGGGCGUCGUCGGCGCUGGGCCAGGUGCGUGUGGGCGUGGACAGCAGCGUCACCGUUCUCAAGCCCAUUCGUGUUUUCUUCUGGUUUCAGCCCCCCCGUGCAAGAGUCAUGUUUGUAAGCAAUCUUGAUGACAAGCCCGCGCUUCCCGACGACCCCGACCUGAAUAGUCGGAUGAAAUGCAAACCCAUGGCCGGUACGAUAUCUUAUGGGUUCAGUGAGCACGCCUCAAAGCUGGCGGUUCGGGAUUGA